AUGAAAUUUUUAUUGGAAGUGCAGGAACUGGAAAAAGAAGAAUGGUAUCACGGAAUGAUACCAGUCGAAGAUGCGAAAUCGAUACUACAUCAAAAUGGUGACUUUCUAGUGCGAAAGAUCGAGAGAGAGAGAAAAUUCACCCCGCCGGUCUUAACAGUGUUCUGGGACACGAUACUAUACCAUUUUCCUCUCUACGACGUUAAACGAAAUGGUGGUGCUAUGCAGUUCACAGUAAACACAUUUCACCAAGAUUCCAGUUAUAGCAAAGUUAUAAAACUUCAUUUGUCUGAAAAGUUACCGAUUUUUGGAGAAAUCAUUCUAAAGAAUGGAGCACCAAAACAGUUAACGCCGUUAGUGAAGACGAGCUUUUGCUAUGAUAUUGCUGCUGGUCUUGCUUAUUUACACUCUAAUAAUUGUAUGCAUAGGGAUGUGGCAGCACGUAACUGUCUUGUUACAAGCGAUAAUCGCAUGGUGAAACUAUCCGAUUUUGGGUUAGCAGCUCAUGGCAGACGUGCCAAGCUGACACAGUUUGAUAAAGUGCCGAUACGCUGGUUAGUUUCCAAUAUGUUCGGAUAUCAGUCGAGUAGGCAAGCUCCUGAAGUACUACGUUAUCACAUUUACGUGCGCGAAAGUGACGUUUGGUCGUACGGUAUGUUGAUGUCUGAGAUCUACAACGACGGUAAAGUGCCUUUCCAUGGAAAAUCAAUCGCGGAAAUUAGAAAAAAGAUUCACGAUCCGGAGUUUCGACCAUUUGUUCCGCAUCUCUCCAACUAUCCAGAAAUACCAAUAGUAAGUGACUGUGGAAGAUGUACUGUAGAAUAA